CAGAGUUUUGCUUGUACGGAGGAACGUUAGCCACAACUACAACUCCCGAUCCAUGGGCAUUUUCAAAAGCCUCAGAUCGUUUUUGCUACGCAGGUAUGGCAAGAAGCGCGCGAACCAUGAUGUUUCAAACAAAGUCAAACGUCGCGCGUCUGCACCGUCUGCAUCAUCACAGUGGUCACCGCUUCCUCAUCAACGCUCAGGUCAGCUUGAUAGAGAUCUAUUGAAUCACUGCGAAAAUAUGCAAAAGGUGAAUAACGUUGGAAUAUACCGUCCAACGAGAUCUGCAGAAUCCGAUUCAGCAAAGCUGUCAAGACGAAACACAUCUCCGCCUGGAACGAUGGACUCUCACUAUCGUAUCCACCCAAGUCCCAAAGCUAUUCCGGAACAUCACAAUUAUAAAUGCGAAACUUGGGGGUCUCGUGUAGAGACAACGAUGCCUCCAAGGAUUAUUUCAAGUUCUGCACCUUAUCAUCCCCAUGAAUUCAGUGGGCCACGGACGGGCGAGCCAAGCACCACUCAGCACCAGGAAAACACACCGCUGGAGAACGAUGCUUCCCCAUCCGUCGAUGGCGUCCCUCUACGACACAUGAUAGAAAAGAAGGAGGGCACUUAUACUGUCACUGUGCACAGACGAAAGCGUCAUGCUUUGACCAAUCUCAAAGAUGCAAAUCGAGAGUUAGACUCGGGAAUCCGCUCUCCGCCGCCCAACGGCUCUCGUUCGAACACAGCUUCAAGCUCGUCGUCCCGCGACCCUAAUGGAUAUCUCGACACCACUUCCCUUCAGUUCUCUGGAGCCUCUUCUUUUGGAUCCGGAUUCUCGGGGAACGAACUGGGGGAUGCUAACUUGUUUACAACCCUGAACGAUGACUCGGCAAUAGCCAACAUUCUCCGACUAUACGAUGAUGAUGGCCUGUUACCUGAUGAGCUCUUUUCUAACACGCCCCAACGGAGGGCACUUAGCGAAGAACGCCAGCGGUCCUACCUCUCGAGCGACUCAAAUAAUGCCAAUGAAUCUACUAUUUCCCCAGCGCCUCAAGAUCCAGGCGGACCCCGGGAGUGGGAGUCAUCCCCCACAACUCCUCUCAGCCUUUCUGUUGCUAGCGCUCAAUCCCUAAGCUCCAUGCAUUCUCGAGCGUCUGUACGCACCAAGAGGGACUCCGCUUUGCUCAUCCCUUCGGCUUCAGCACAUCACACAAAUCGCUUACGACUUUCUUCGCCUAUGCUACUUGACUUUCUUUUUUCACCUGAGUCUAUUUACUUUACUUCGCAAGCUGGAGGAAGCGUCUCGAAUCAUCCUUGGCUUCUUGCUGCAUCGCCCCCCGCUAGGGAACCAUCUACGAUCCUUCCAGAAACUCCCGAGCGCAUUUCUUCACUGCAUUCCUCCCCUGAGAGAACUCUGGCACAAAACUCUGCUGUCAACCAAAUUUUUGAUCAAACGGGCACUGAUACCGAAACAGGCUAUUCGGCAAAGGCGAAGGAUACUGCACACCGCCCAUAUUUCGGGGAAACCCACAAGGUGAUGCGCCACCGCUCCAUGGAUCCCGCAACAGGAUUCGAAGAUAGCACUCGUGCCCCUGCGGUCAGUUUGACUUUUUCAUCUGGUACCUGGGCUGGUCGCUCUCGUGAUUCUGCUUUCUUCUCCAUGUAUUCCACUCCAACACCUAGUCAACUUGAACUCCUUGCGCUUCCCGACGGUUUGAGUCGACAAUCUGAAGCAGCCUCCUUGACCUCACAGAGUAUCAGUGGACACCAUGGUGCCACAUCCAUCGAGUCUGUCGUGGAGGACGCCAUCAUUGAUACAGUGCAGUGGAUGGCUUUUCCAGCCACCGCCACAUACACGUCAAGUCCUAGCCUGACUCUGAGUCCUGAUCCUUGCUCGUUUUCUAAUCCUCACAGCCCUGCACUCAUCCCAGAAUCACCAAACAUUCCUGCCACUCCCGAUGCACCUUCCGUCCAUGAUGACGCCGGCAUUUUCGAUGUAUCAAAGCUUCGGGGAAGUCCCAUUCCCUCGCAAAAGCCAGCCUUCCUACCUCGUUCGGCUAGCAACUUCUCGCGCUUGAAUCAGCUCAACAACACACCCAGUGGAGACUCGAACCAGGAGGGAGAAAGGUUCAGCUCUCCUACACGCCGCCUUUUGACCUCGUACCCAUUUAUUUCUGGCUCUAAUAAAGAUCUUGGCUUACAUUCCCUGAAAGAGAGAAGCGUUAGGCGGAAGGGUUUCCUUUAUGGAUGGACGAGUGAUGAAAAUUUCCGUGACGGGCCAUACCCACGGCUUGUUCUAGAUGAGCACGGAUAUGAUGAUGAAACGGAAAUGAAGGUCGAUUGGUCUACCCGAUAUACGGGCCAGCUAGACUGUAAUCUCUUGCCUUCUAUUCAUGGGAACCUGAGUUCGGGUUUUGGCAAGGAGCCAACCACCCACUUGGGCUACACACCGGCUCAUUCUGAAGAUAACACUCCUGACUUCUUCGGUGGUAUUGGCUCAGAUCAGCUUGGGCUAACUGGUCAUUCUAGAGAAUCUCUACAGUCCACCCUGCCCACCAGCCGUAUACCUCGUCUACGAGGAGCUACGAAAGCUGCACGAGCACUACCUAAAGGAAAAGAAAAUGACAUGCCGUUAGCGGUUGGGAGGGUGAAGUGGAACAGGCACUUGGCCGUUUCGGAAAGCAAAAUGGAAAACCCUAAGGCCCAGGAUCAAGCCCCCGAAGUUGAGCCCUCCAUUAUGCCCCGUCAGGUGAAAGCGCCGAAUGGAUCAUCCACUUUUCGCCCCCUUGGGCCCACGGAUAAGAUGUCGUUUGGUUGGGACUUGCGGAAGAGGACCCCGAAUCACACUUUACGCAGCAGCAACAAAUAAUUCUGAAAUCCAAAUCUUCAUUCCUUCAUGGUUCUCUGGGAGACACGAUGAUAUACAGUAUGGUGUACCUUUUCUAAUUAAUAUAUG